AAGAUUGAUGUAGACAUAAAAUCUCCCAAGAUGGAUAUAGAAGGACCAGAUGUUGACAUAGAGGGACAUACAGGAGGAUUUAAAAUGCCCAAAUUCCAUCUGCCAUCCAUCGGGUUGAAAGGUCCAAAAGUGGAGGGUCCAGAUGUUGAUGUCAGCCUCCCGAAAGCUGAUAUUGAUAUUAAAGCCCCUGAAUUGGAUAUCCAAGGACCAGAUGUUGACAUUGGGAGCCCAAGUGGUAAAUUAAAAGGACCCAAAUUCAGCAUGCCAAGCAUUUCAGGACCAAAACUUUCCAUGCCAGACGUGGAUUUCAAUCUGAGAGGUCCCAGACUGAAAGGUGACGUGGAUGUGUCAGUGCCAAAGAUAGAGGGAGACAUAAAAGCACCUGAUGUCGACAUCAAAGGUCCACAGGUUGACAUUGAAGGUCCAAAAGGUGGAUUUGAAUUGCCAAAAUUCAAAAUGCCAUCACUGAACAUUAAAGGUCCAAAAGUGGAGGGUCCAGAUAUUGAUGUAGACCUUCCCAAAGGCAAGAUUGAUGUAGACAUAAAAACCCCCAAGGUCGAUAUAGAAGGACCAGAAGUUGACAUGGAGGGCCACAAAGGAGGAAUCAAAAUGCCUAAAUUCAAAGUGCCUUCCUUUGGAUUAAAAGGUCCAAAACUGGAGGGUCCAGAAGUUGAUGUUAGCCUCCCGAAAGCUGAUAUUGAUAUUAAAGCCCCUGAAUUGGAUAUCCAAGGACCAGAUGUUGACAUAGAGAGUCCAAGUGGUAAAUUAAAAGGACCCAAAUUCAGCAUGCCAAGCAUUUCAGGACCAAAACUUUCCAUGCCAGAUGUGGAUUUCAAACUGAAAGGUCCCAAACUGAAAGGUGAUGUAGAUGUUAAGGUGCCAAAGAUAAAGGGAGACAUAAAAGCACCAGAGGUUGAUAUUAAAGGUCCACAGGUUGACGUUGAAGGUCCGAAAGUUGGAUUUGACUUGCCAACAAUCAAAAUGCCAUCAUUUGGCUUCCAAUGUCCAAAAGUGGAGGGUCCAGAUGUUGAUAUAAAUGUCCCUGAAGCUAACAUUAAAGUGCAAGCACCUGAUGUUGAUGUCAAAGGUCCACAGCUUGAUAUCCAAGGGACGAAGGGUGGAUUCGAAAUGCCUAAAAUUAAAAUGCCAUCAACAUCAGGACCCAAUUUGCCUGAAUUUGACAUCGGGUUUAAAGGGCCCAAGAUAAAGGGAAAUGUGUCAGCACCAAAAUUUGAAGGAGACAUAAAAACGCCUCAAGGUGAGAUCAAAAUUCCUACGGUUGAAUUUGAAUCUCCAUCAGGAGAACUUAGCGGGCCAAAGGUGAAAUUACCUAAAAUAUCUGGACCAAAGAUAUCAUUGCCAGAUGUUGACAUCAACUUGAAAGGAUCAAAAUCGAAGGCCGAUUUGAAGGGUGAUGUUCAGCUGCCAAAAUCAGAACUUGAGGGACCAGAUGUUACUGUUGAUGUUCCGGAAAUUGGCGCAAAGAAAUCUAAAUUCAAACUGCCAAAGUUUGGAUUUAAGGGCCCAAAGAUUAAGGGUCCAGAAACUGAUGUGAAAAUGGCUAAAGGGGAUAUCAGUAUCAAAGGGAAGACUGGUAGUACUGAAGAUCUUGAUCUUGACAUGGGAUUGACUGGUCCAAAAAUUAAGGGCUCGAAAUUCAAGCUGCCGAAAUUUGGCUUCAAAGGUCCAAAGGUUGAACUGCCAGAAGUUGAUAUUGAUCUUCCCAGAGCUGACACUGAAAUGAAAAUUCCAGAUGUUGACAUUGAGGGAACAGACAUUAAAAUUGAAAGUCCAGAUGCCAAAAUUAAAGGCACAAAACUAAAAUUGCCAACUAUUACAGGACCGAAAAUUCCAAUGCCAGAUGUGGAUUUCAAACUGAAGGGUCCAAAACUCAAAGGUGAUGUGGAUGUGUCGGUUCCAAAGAUUAAGGGAGACAUAUCAAUACCUGAUGUUGACAUCAAAGGUCCAGAGUUUGAUAUCAAAGGUCCCAAGGGUGGACUUGACAUGCCUAAAAUAAAAAUGCCGUCAUUUGAAAUCAAAGCUCCCAAAGUGGAAAGUCCUGAUGUUGAUAUAAAUCUUCCCAAAGCAAACAUUGCUGUAACUGCACCUGACAUUGACUUAAAGGGUCCAAAUGUUGAAAUCGAAAGCCCUGAUGCAAAGCUCAAAGGACCAAAAUUUAAACUACCAUCAAUAUCAGGACCGAAACUGCCAGAUUGGGAUAUGAGCCUGAAAGGGCCCAAACUGAAAGGUGAUGUGGAUGUGUCAGUGCCAAAGAUAGAGGGAGACAUAAAAGCACCUGAUGUUGACAUCAAAGGUCCACAGGUAAACAUUGAGGGUCCGAAAGGUGGAUUUGAAAUGCCAAAAAUCAAAAUGCCAUCCUUGAACAUUAAAGGUCCAAAAGUGGAGGGUCCAGAUGUUGAUGUAGACCUUCCCAAAGGCAAGAUUGAUGUGGACAUAAAAACUCCCAAGGUUGAUAUCCAAGGACCAGAUGUUGACAUUGAGAGUCCAAGUGGAAAAUUAAAAGGACCCAAAUUCAGCAUGCCAAGCAUUUCAGGACCAAAACUUUCCAUGCCAGAAGUGGAUUUCAAUCUGAGAAGUCCCAAGCUGAAAGGUGAUGUGGAUGUGACAGUGCCAAAGAUAGAGGGAGACAUAAAAGCACCUGAGGUCGACAUCAAAGGUCCACAGGUUGACUUUGAAGGUCCAAAAGGUGGAUUUGAAUUGCCAAAAUUCAAAAUGCCAUCACUGAACAUUAAAGGUCCAAAAGUGGAGGGUCCAGAUAUUGAUGUAGACCUUCCCAAAGGCAAGAUUGAUGUAGACAUAAAAACCCCCAAGGUCGAUAUAGAAGGACCAGAAGUUGACAUGGAGGGCCACAAAGGAGGAAUCAAAAUGCCUAAAUUCAAAUUGCCUUCCUUUGGAUUUAAAGGUCCAAAACUGGAGGGUCCAGAAGUUGAUGUCAGCCUCCCGAAAGCUGAUAUUGAUAUUAAAGCCCCUGAAUUGGAUAUCCAAGGACCAGAUGUUGACAUUGAGAGUCCAAGUGGUAAAUUCAAAGGACCCAAAUUCAGUAUGCCAAGCAUUUCAGGACCAAAACUUUCCAUGCCAGAUGUGGAUUUCGAUCUAAGAGGUCCCAAGCUGAAAGGUGAUGUGGAUGUGUCAGUGCCAAAGAUAGAGGGAGACAUAAAAGCACCUGAUGUCGACAUCAAAGGUCCACAGGUUGACAUUGAAGGUCCAAAAGGUGGAUUUGAAUUGCCAAAAUUCAAAAUGCCAUCACUGAACAUUAAAGGUCCAAAAGUGGAGGGUCCAGAUAUUGAUGUAGACCUCCCCAAAGGCAAGAUUGAUGUAGACAUAAAAACUCCCAAGGUCGACAUAGAAGGACCAGAAGUUGACAUGGAGGGCCACAAAGGA